AGGAUCUUCUGGCGAGCGGUGAGCAAGUGCUGCUGGAGGCCAAGGCUGCUGCCCUGUCCAGCCCUCUGAAGCCAGGGGAGGAUCUGGCGGCUGUACCAAGGAAAGCACUUAACCAUGUUCAAGGAGCCUCCGAUGAUGUUUGUAAAGACAGAAGUGAGGAGCGGCCGGGUCAUCCAGCUGAGAGUAGGGACUUGGACCAUGAAGAGUGGGAAGUUGUUUCGGAGCACCUGGCCUGGGGGGAGGCUGGCAAGAAUGGCAGCGUGGAAGACUCCGACAGCAAGGAAUGGGAACAAGGAGACUGCCCUGAUGGGGACUUGAAAGCCAAGAGAGUUGCAGCUGUGCCCCCGAUGUUUCAAAAUAUCCACGUGACUUUCCGCGUACACUACAUCACGCACUCCGACGCUGAGCUGAUUGGUGUUACUGGUGACCACGAGUGUCUUGGCCAGUGGCACAGCUAUGUUCCCCUCAAGUACGACAAGGAUGGCUUCUGGUCUGAAUCCAUUAUUCUGCCAGUAGACACCAAAGUAGAGUGGAAAUUUAUCUUGGUGGAGAACGGGAAGGUCAGACGUUGGGAAGAAUGUGGUAAUAGGACCCUAGUGACUGAACAUGAAGAUCAAAUAGUUCAUCAGUGGUGGGGAUACCAUUAA